AUGGUUCUUUUAUUUGUACUUAUGCUCAUUACACAGUCGACAGCAGCAACUAUCAAUUCAGUAUAUUUCUCUGUGAUAAACAAUGAACAAUAUCAAUGCAAUGAUCCAACUUGUUCACUAUCGACCACAGUUUCAGUAUCUGAUUUGCGACAUUGUGAAGUUGCCUGCUUAGUUGAUAUCACUUGCCGGACAUUGACAUUUGACGAAUCAAGUCAUGCUUGUCAAUUAUUCCUUGAUAGUCCCAAUGAACGUGGAACUUUGCUGGCACAAACAGAUGUUAUCACCCUUCUUGUAUUGAGUAAUAGACCAGCACCUAUCGUUUGUACUAGCAUGUUUAAUAAUCAAAGCGUUUAUGCAACUGGAGCUUCCCCGUUGUCAGUAACAGUUGGUGAUCUUAAUGGUGAUAUGAAAUCGGAUCUUGUUAUUACAAAUUUCGGAACUAGUAGCAUCAGUGUUUUGAUAAAUGCUGGUAACGGUAGUUUUCUUCCAAAUGUAAACUACACGGCUGGCUCUAGUACAGCAGCGGCAGCCAUUGCUGACCUAAACAAAGAUAAUAAAUCUGAUAUAAUUGUAGUGAACAUGCAAGCAGCAACAAUAAGUGUUCUUUUCAAUGCAGCUAAUGGAUUCUUUCCGAAUCAAACCGUAUACUCAACUGGUUCUACGCCAUCGUCAAUAGCAGUUGCCGAUGUGGAUAAGAAUAAUCUGUAUGAUGUAGUUGUGUCAAAUUUCGAUGACAAUACUGUCGGCGUCUUUAUGAAUAUGGGAAACGGUAUACUGCACGAUCAAGUUUUAUACUCAACAGGUUCUGGCCCAAUAUCGAUAGUCGUUGUUGACAUAAAUGGCGAUUCCUAUUCAGACAUCUUAGUUGCAAAUUACAAUUCGGAUACCAUCAGCCUCCUUCUCAAUGCAGGUAAUGGAACAUUCCUUAAUCAAACGACUUUCGCAACUGGAUCCACACCACAAGCAAUAGCAGUUGCUGAUUUUAAUUUAGACGACCAGCUGGAUAUCGUAGUUGCGAAUUAUGGAUCAGACAAUAUCGGAGUUCUCAUAAACACAGGCGGCGGAAGUUUUUCGGCUCAAACUACUUAUCCAUGCGGUAACGAUCCAGUGGCAGUAGCCGUUGGAGAUAUGAACAACGAUAAUCUAAUGGAUAUUAUUGUCACCAAUAGUGCUUCAAACAAUGUUGUUAUCUACAUCAAUGCAGGCAAUGCUGUUUUUCCAAAUAAAACAACAUAUUCAACUCGUACUAGCCCAGCUUGGGUAUCAGUCGCCGAUCUGAACAAUGAUGAGAAAUUAGAUCUUAUUGUUCUUAAUUCUGGCUUUAACGAUGUUGCUGUCCAAUUACAUUGUUAA